AUGGCGGAGCGCCGGAGGAGGGACAAGGGGCUGGUAGGCUUCUACGAGUGUUGUGGGGUAGGGCUGAGAAUCAUGGGGGAAGUGGUGGACCAUGGAAGCAGGGGAACUUUAAGCCUCCUGGACUUUCACCCCUCAGGACUGGGCACUCUAAGCAUACUUUUACUGCCGUACGGUUUGACAUGCACAAGUGACCGGCUGUUCAGCGCUAGCUCUGCUCACGCUACGCAUGUGCACACGCCCACCAACGCUCGGCUGUGGCUCUGUGCGCUCCCUGUACACGCAGCAGGCCUGUUUCUCGGCUGUGGCUCUGUGCUCUCCCUGUACACGCAGCAGGCCUGUUUCUCGGCUGUGGCUCUGUGCUCUCCCUGUACACGCAGCAGGCCUGUUUCUCAGCUGUGGCUCUGUGCUCUCCCUGUACACGCAGCAGGCCUGUUUCUCAGCUGUGGCUCUGUGCGCUCCCUGUACACGCAGCAGGCCUGUUUCUCAGCUGUGGCUCUGUGCUCUCCCUGUACACGCAGCAGGCCUGUUUCUCGGCUGUGGCUCUGUGCUCUCCCUGUACACGCAGCAGGCCUGUUUCUCGGCUGUGGCUCUGUGCGCUCCCUGUACACGCAGCAGGCCUGUUUCUCAGCUGUGGCUCUGUGCUCUCCCUGUACACGCAGCAGGCCUGUUUCUCGGCUGUGGCUCUGUGCUCUCCCUGUACACGCAGCAGGCCUGUUUCUCAGCUGUGGCUCUGUGCUCUCCCUGUACACGCAGCAGGCCUGUUUCUCGGCUGUGGCUCUGUGCUCUCCCUGUACACGCAGCAGGCCUGUUUCUCGGCUGUGGCUCUGUGCUCUCCCUGUACACGCAGCAGGCCUGUUUCUCGGCUGUGGCUCUGUGCUCUCCCUGUACACGCAGCAGGCCUGUUUCUCAGCUGUGUCUCUGUGCGCUCCCUGUACACGCAGCAGGCCUGUUUCUCGGCUGUGGCUCUGUGCUCUCCCUGUACACGCAGCAGGCCUGUUUCUCAGCGGUGCGGACGCCGCUGAGAUGUGACGCGAUGCUCUUCUCCCCGCUGCCGUCUCUCUCUGGGUCAAGGUUGAGGGUCAAGACACCGCAGGUCGGUUCGAGAGGAGCAGGAGGCGUUUGUGGCGCUCUUUAGCAUACGCUGCUGAUAGCUGCGCACUUAGCCUCUGAGUGAAAUCUCUUGUCUGCAACUGAGCGCGCACAAGCCUGGUAUUCCGCCAUUCUGAUUGGUGGAAAAAGUGGGGGAGGGGAUUUAUGAAUGGGAUACUCUUAAGUGAUUUGUCAAUGAAACAUCAUUAACAGAUUGUUAGAUUUUUCCGGUAGCCGUUCCGUCCGUGUGUCGUGAGGGUGCGUCCCUGUGCGUCUCUCUGAUGAUGCGCGUGCGCUCGCCGUCUCUGUGGCCUGCUCUCCCGCCGACGCUGUCGUUAUUGUUCCUGACAGGAGCGGCACUGUGGGGUUUCGCCGUGCCGCUCUCGUAGCGUCUCUCCGUGUUGCUGUGCAUUGAUCUGCGUUCUUCUCUCUCGUCUCCCGGGACCCGCGGCUCUUCCCUAACGAUGAGGGUCCGGCUGCGUUUCCUGCCAAGACGAGUGCACUUCUGCGACGCGUUCGCCGAUUCUCAUCGAGGCGCCGGCUCGCGCCAGCCUGCUUUUAGCCGCUAUCGACGAGGAAGCGCAAAUACCCUUUACGUUCUGUGACCGAUGUGAGGUGGCCCCACUCUCAGCCCUCUUGUCUUCCUGCCAGUGUUUCCUUCCCCGUGCUCUCCCUUGUCCUCCCUCUCUCCCUCUUUCCUUCCUGCGCAUUCUCCUUUCUUCUUCACUCCGUCCCCCUGUCCUUCCUACGCCGCGUAGUAGAGCCAUGGGGUCAGAGAGGUCGUGACCUCUGCCCUCAGCGCUGUGGGGGAGCCCAGGCCUCAGGAAGCGCCGCAGUGGGGACAUGUCCGCAGAGCGCCUUCACCCUCGUGCCUACCCCCCUCAAACCCGGGAAUUAUCCCGCUCAUCACUGCGGACGGCCACCAUGUUGGCUCUGUGGGCGUGAAUAUGGGUGGGUGUGCCUCUCCAGCCCACCGUCAUUGCUCAUCAUUCAACUUUUUAUUUUAAUAUUUUUUUCAUAAUAAGCGCGCCACCACACCCACCCUCUCCAGAGAACCACUUUAUUUUUAUUUAUUACUCUCCACUUGAUCAUGCACAGUGACGCCAUUCCAAACACCCAUUCCCCACCCCAGUGUCUCACCGCCCAAUAUUACAACAUAUUCACUAUGAGUUAUUUUCAGGUCUGACAGACAGAUGGACAGACAAGACGUAGAAACAGUCAAGACCGGCUGACAUAUCAGUAGACAAGGACAGGAAGGCCGACAAACGAAACGGAUAGACAAACAGCGUGAACUAGGACUGAGACAAGUCUACAUUUAUAUGUUGUUGGUAGGAUUAUUUGUGCGCACUUCCUUGUUCAAUUUUGUGCUUGUCGGUAAAUGCACCAGUUCAGUUUGCGUGACUGUUAAGUACAAGGCGUGUCCAUCCUUUGGUGCUUAAUGUGUGUGUCUCCUGGUGAGGCCGUAAGUCAGUCACUGUGUAGUGGUAUCUGUCAAUCACCUCAGUCAGCCUCUGACAUCUCCCCUUACCCCGCCCCCAGUGUGAAGCUUCCCGGCAGGAGCUGCCCCUGCAUAGGGCCGAUUUCCUUGCUCUCCAUGGCAACCAGCUUGCUGACCCGUGCUUGGCACCGCUGUCAGGAUGGCACACACGUGCUUUUUGGCCCACGAGCAGAUACCCCCCUGCUCUUCCUUCCUGCCCCUCUCUUCCUCUCUGUCCCACCUCUGUGCCUCAGAGUGUAGCUCAUGCAGGCCUGUGAGAGGCCUAGCCAGUGGCAGGAGGGUAACGCAGGGUGAGCUUGCAGAGAGAAACAUGGUCUGUGGGCUGUGACAUUGAUCCUAGUGUCUCACCGGAUAGCAGGAGACCUGCAGUAUCGUUCACUUCAUACUCUGUGGGCGAAGUUCAUAACUGUCUUCCGUUACGCUCUGACACUCGGAUGAAAGCUAAGCUGUCCUAGUUCCUUUGAGAAAGUACAGUAACUGCAU